AUGGUCCCCAACGAAGAAGCCCAGUACCCAGGGAUUGUCAAGCUGCUCCUGCACUUCAGAUGGACGCUGGUUGGUCUCCUUGCUCCAGACACUGACAAUGGAGAGAGAUUCAUGAAGACCUUGAUGCCUCUGCUCCUCAGGAAUGGCAUUUGUGUUGCCUUCUCACAAAGCAUCCCACGACUGAAUACGAAUAAAGUGAAGAUCAGUUCUUUUCUGUUCCUCAAGUGGAGACAAGUCCAUGCAUUUGUUUACAAUGCAGAGACAACUUAUUUCUCCUUGGGAAUAACAAUUAUAGAAAAAAUAUUUGACAAGUUAACAAAACCCAUUGUAGGGAAAAUCUGGAUCACAACAGCUGUAUGGGACAUCUCCUUUGACUUAAUGUACAGUCGCUUAUCUUUCCAACACAUCCAUGGUAUUUUUUCCUUUUAUAUUGAGACAAAUAAACAGAUAAAAUAUGAUGAUGUUGAGCCAUUUUUCUUUGCUAUGAAGCAAUUUGUGGAGAAAUCUUUUAAUUGUUCAUAUUUAAAGCAUGCGUUGUCGGUGAAAGGCUGGACAAGAUGCAGAGAGAGAGAGGACCUGGAGAUGGUGCCCCAAGAUGAUCUGGAAAGAAUCCUCUCUCUAGACAGCUACAGGAUUUACAACACUGUCCAAGCUGUGGCCCUUACCUUAAAAGUUAUGUAUUCCUCUAGAUCUAAGAGGAAGGUGAUAGAGGUAGACAGUGAUGGUGUGGAAGUUCAAAGGCUACAGCCAUGGCAGACCCUCCCUCCUUCCAGGUGUGUGGAAAGCUGCAGUCCUGGAUUUGUCAAGGUGAUUCAGGAAGGAAAGCCACUUUGCUGUUAUGACUGCGUUCCCUGCAUGGAAGGGACCAUCUCCACUCAGGAAGAUGCAGAGCGUUGCUCCAAAUGCCCAGAAGAUCAGCAUCCAAACAAGGAGCAAGAUUGCUGUAUCCCCAAGAUCAUAACUUUCCUGGCUUAUGAAGAAGAUUUGGGGAUCCUCUUGGCUUCCUUCACCCUCUUCUUGUCCUUAUCCACAGGCUUUGUGUUAGCAAUCCUCAUUAAAUUCCUAGAAACUCCAAUAGUGAAAGCCAACAACCGGGACCUCUCCUUCAUCCUCCUCAUCUCCCUCCUGCUUUCCUUUUUGUCCUCCUUCCUCUUCAUUGGCCGACCAAGGAAAACGACCUGCCUUCUCCGACAAACAGCCUUCAGCAUCAUCUUCUCAGUUGCCGUCUCUUCUGUGUUGGCAAAAACUGCCACUGUGGUGCUGGCCUUCCUUGCCACAAAGCCAGGGAACAAAGUGAGGAGAUGGCUGGGGAGGAGUCUAGCAAAUUCCAUUGUCAUUUCCUGUUCCAGUGUCCAAGUUGUCAUCUGCACAAUCUGGUUGGGGAUCUCGCCACCCUUCCCAGAUUCUGACAUGCACUCCCAGCCUGGAGAGAUUAUCCUGCAAUGCAACGAAGGGUCUGUUGCCAUGUUUUAUGGUUCCCUUGGCUACAUGGGUUUCCUGGCUGCCAUAUGCUUCAUGGUGGCUUUCCUGGCCAGGAAGCUUCCUGGGGCCUUCAAUGAAGCCAAGCUGAUCACCUUCAGCAUGCUGGUCUUCUGCAGCGUUUGGGUCUCCUUUGUGCCCACCUACCUGAGCACGAAGGGGAAAUACAUGGUAGCCGUGCAGGUCUUCUCCAUCUUGGCCUCCAGUGCUGGGCUUCUGGGCUGCAUCUUCAUGCCCAAGUGCUACAUUAUUGUAUUGAGGCCAGAUCUGAAUACAAAGGAGCAUCUGACAACAAAAAUAAAAAUGGCAUCUGAUUCUUAA